UAAUGGGAAAAAAAAAAAAAUUCAACUCUUUUUGCUAUUUCCAAUCCAUGUUUGGGCCCACUUCAUGGUUACAGAUUUCAGUCUAUAAUUUCAAUCAAGGCUAUGUUUAUGUCUAUCUGGUUUUUAUUCUGUUCCUUUGGUUAUACUCAUCUAGAAAACGACCCAUUAGAAAAACUGAAACUAUCAUCUAAGAUAUAAUAUUACUUUCACAGUUUAGAACCAUAGAUUUUUACCUAAACUAGGACUACAACAACCACAAGAAUUUUGCAAAUUAUGUGUUACUUUCCAUGAAAACCUUUGUUUUUUGGUAAUAAAUUAAGGCUAAUCUGAAAGCAAUAAUAGUGAUAGAUAAUGAAGUAGAGUGGAAAAAGCAACUUAUUCAGAUUUGUUUUAGUACUCUUCUAUUUCUUCCUUGGAGUAUCUGACAUUUACAACACUACUCUAUGUUCCAUAAAGCACCUUGAGCGGGAACCAGAGAACUCUCUCUCAGAGUCUCUCUCUCUCCCUUCUUUAUAUACCCUUUUCCUCUAUAAACAGAAGAAAAACUUAACAUUUCAUGCCUCUCUUCCCGCUUUCUUUUUCAGACUGUGUUCAUCUCUUACACUUCCGGCUAUUUUCAUGGCUUCUUCUAACCCUAACGACAAAAACAACAUCUCAGCAUAUGGGUCAUCAUCAUCAGUGGCGGUAGGGUACGACUCGAGCUCAACACCCAACACCACCUUUGUCCAAGCGGACCCAUCAACCUUCCGAGCUGUAGUCCAGAGACUCACUGGUGUAACCCAAGACCCGUCAACCCAAAAGCUUCCAGUCACCGUUCCGGCACGCCAAUCCGGAAAACCCAACACCGGCGAGAUGGGUCCUAGGAGACCAGCCUUUAAGCUUCAUGAACGCAGGCAGAGUGCAAGCAAGCUCGAGAUCAAGCUCAACAAUGGUGGUGGUGUUUCAGUUGGGUCUGGUGGGUCAACCCCAAGUUCAGCUAGGCAAAGGAGCUUUGUAGGGUUUGGUGGAGAGAUGGUUAUGGUUUCACCUGUGUCACCUUUUGAUCUGUUGGCACGUGGGAGUCCAAGAACGCCAAGGUCACCUAUGGAGGAAGAAGAAAGAGCCAUUGCAGAGAAAGGUUUUUACUUGCACCCGAGUCCGCUCAGUACACCCAGAGGGUCUGACCCACCAGAGCUCUUACCCUUGUUUCCUCUUCACUCACCCAGAGACGGUUCAUCUUCAUCUUCUUAGUUCUUGUCUUCCUCCACUACCAAUAAAUUUUAUUAAAACGUUUGUAUCUAUAUAUUCUUAAGAAAUUUAUUCUGGAGUUAUGUUGAUGUCUAUUUUUGGGGGAAAAACAUGUUGAUGUCUUGAUGGAACAUGAUGAUCUUCUUGGUGCGUCUGAA